CGGCGACAACCACAACAAACAGUCCAGCACCACGAUUUCCGACCGACAAUGGCCGACACACCACGAAAGCUGGUGCAUUGGGCUCUCGAUGUAUCUAUCUCUGACUUUGGAUCACCAUGCUCAGAAGCAACAUCCUCCGAUUCCAUCGCGUCAACAUCCAGUCUGCAGUACAUUAACUCUCAACUUGUAGCACAUGGAUUCACCCAUUCACCCGGGCUCUCCUUUGAAGGACUCUCAAACUCCGAUUCCGAUCAGCUGGCAAGGUGUCUGCUUGCGAUGAUAAGCCAAAGAGUGAAUGAUAUGUCUCGCGCUGAAGAUCUAUCGACCAGUCUACGGACUCUCUCCUAUGACCACGAGCGGCUCAUGGGGAUGCAUCGUUCAGCCACUGAAAAGGCAGCCAAUGCAGAGCGCGAAACAAACGUUUACAAGUCACGACUUGUAACGGCCUCCAAAACCUUGGCAGCUUCGGAAUCAGCCCAUAAGCAAACUUCAGCUGAGCUUCAGCGGACGCGCUCCUCGUUGAUCGCUCUUCGGGCGACUCAUUCAACGGAAAUAAAAAAGAAAGAGAAAGACGUCGAGCGCAUCAUAGAAAAAUGGUCAAAGCUUUCCGACAUGCAGACGAAGCUAUCGACUUCGUCCUCAGGAUUGACUUUUCGAUGUGGCAAUGCCGACGUGGUGAGCGGGUCUGAAACCCUCGGCAAGGGAAAGGGAUACCUUGAGAUCGCUCUUGAGCAAGCUGAAACUGCUCGCGCUUCACUAGCUGAUGAAACUUUGACGUUACAGCGGCUUGUUGUGAAUGUCGCGAACCGACUGCAGUCGGUGCUGCAUGAACUGCGAUACUUAUUUUCACCUUGUGAUGAAGAGCCUGCAAUAAUAACGCACAGCGUAUUGUUCCCUAUAACGCCUCCCAACGCUGCCAGUGACAGGCUUUCUACUCUCUUCUCCUCAGCGCACGGUGUCCUCGAUGACAUUUCAGAGCGCCUAUCACAGCGAGCUGCCGCACCACCGGUACCAGACUGCACCAAGGCCUCAGAUGCUUUGGAAAAUCAACGAUUACAAGGCAUCAUCGAUGACUUGCGCUCAGAACUUGAUGAAGCCAAGAAGCUCCAUGAGAGGCAUGUUGCAGAGACUCAGGUCCUAUUAAUGCAGAUUGCAUCCCAAGAUUCACCUACAGAACCCGAUCCAAGGGACGUAAGCGUCGAGCUCAUGACACAACCAGAACGAGACCUUGCCGCUGAGCGCCUUGAGCGAAUGAAGACCGAACUUGAUGAGGAGCGGAGAAAGUUUACCAACGCUGCUGUUAGACUUGGCAAGGAGAAAGCCGCUCUGGAGACUGAGCGUGUCCAGUUCCUUGAGGAGAAGCGUUCGUGGCAUGUCGAGCAGAUGCUCUCCGAUCUCUCACCAACACCUGCCCUAACUUCCCAACCUGUACCUCAGUCUCAUAAGAUCAAGUCACCUCGAAAGUCGCCUAUGAAGCCCAAGGUCGUCGGCAAGGUGGCAAGCAGAAAGACCCGAGUGUCCCGGCGCUCCUCGUCAUUCUCGAUCCCACCACCAAGCAAAGUGGAACCUGCUUACGAAACGGAAGUGAUUCCUAUCGCUAUCUCACCGGCUGCCUUCGGGGCAUUAGGCAAAAAGUCGACCUUGGCGCAGUCUAUUUUACCCUCAGCGUUCGUGCUCCCUCCUCGUUCACCCCGGACGUCCUUGCCCCCUGUAGAGGCAUUCCUUCCUCCAGUGAUAACCACGCAUCAAGCACCGUCAGGAGGAAAAUUGUAUUCAUCCAUUGACACCGAAUCAACUUCCACUUCGAGCUCUGAUGCUUCCUCGUCAAAUUCCACGUCACCCCCUGCUCCGGCACGGGCCGCAAUACCGAAAAUUGUCCUCCCAUCACCUAAAACACCUCCUGCUCCUGUUGUGAACACACGCCGUCCAUUCCCACUUGCAAAGCCUCUUGCACCACACAUGUCACAUGCUUACUCGCCUGCCAAACCGAGUCCACUCUCUCGCAUUCUCAUGCUUGCGAACUCUCCUGACAGCCUCGACGGAGUAUCAGAAGCGAGCGAAGAUUCUCCGACGUCUGCUGUUCCGCCGUCCGUUGCUAUAACGAACACAUUGUCAAGUGAAUCAGAAUCAGACGACAGCCCCCUGAGAGAGAAGAAGACCGAGCCAAAUGUUGUUUCUCUACAUCCCUUCAAGAAAGCGCCACCCCCUGAAUCGAAGCGCUUUUCGACGAAGGAGAAGGGAAAGACCCAAGCGGAGUUUGUCAUACCUGGAAAACUAAAGCCAGAGAAAGAAAACCGCGACAAGGUCCCUCGAAAACCAUCUCCUUCAUUGCCUCCUCCUCAACCAAAGCUGAAAAUCAGUAGCUUAGCUGCUAGCAAGCCUGCACUGAAACUACCUACCGGAAAGGGUGGUGCAAGGAGGGUAUUGAUUGGAAGUGCCGAAGCCGCUCCUUUGCCUGGAUGGAGAGGAUGAGAGGCAUGCCCCCACGUCCAUUAUUUUCUCCUGCUGCAUCAUUAUGAUACCCCUACGGUUUUCAUUGUAAACAUCCAUUUGCCCCUAUGUAAUAAUGUAUGCAAUAACAAUGUUUCAAAACAGG